AUGGGCUCAGUCCAACCACCCACGAAGCCAUGCCACAACUGCCGUCGGCAGCGGCUCCGUUGUGACCGGUCGUAUCCACACUGCAACAAGUGCGCCGCCUCGGGCAAAGAGUGUCUCGGAUACGGCAAGCUGUUUCGCUGGACGGGCGCCAUAGCGAGUCGCGGCAAGCUGGCCGGCCGGACGUCGAGUGCCCCCGUGGGCGCGGGUGACGCCGAGGAUGCUGACGCCGGGGUGGACGGCGACGCGAGGUCAGAGGCCGGAGCUGUGUCGCCGCUUGUGCGCUCCAGGACGAGCUCACCGCAGGCUGUGGCUCUCAACGGGAGCUUUGCAAGGCGAUCCCCGUGGGUGUUGGUCGAUCCUCUCUUUCAGGGCUUAGACAAGUCUCACCGGUUUUAUCUCGACUACUUCACAACCCGCGUGUGCAAAGACCUGGUCUCCAAUGACGGGCCACAGUGCAAUCCUUUCCGCAGCCUCAUCCCGCUGACCCGUGCUCACCCACUGCUGCAGCACAUCAUCGUUGCAGCCUCAGCUGCCCACAUGUCCAACCUGAUUAGAAUGGGCCUGCCCUACCCUGAUGGCGGGUUCAUACCGGCGAACCGGGAUGCGGCAUCAACUAGGGCGCUGGAUGAUGCGCUGGUUGCUAAACACACAGCGCUGAAGCUAAUGUCUACCGCGAUUCAAAAUCUCGAUACCAUUAAUGGUGACGUCGUGCUUGCAGCCUCGCUUUUUUUCAUCAACGUGGAGUUGAUUGAAUCUGGAAAGCAUGGCUGGAGGGCACAUCUUGAGGGAGCUGCAAAGAUCAUGUCCUUCUUGCAGCUUACCAAGGCCUGGGAUAGCUCAUUACGAGACUACCUUCUAUCAGAUUGCUUCAUUUACUUUAUCCUGGCUUCAGCAUUUAUGCCGGCGCGAUAUGCAGCGUCGCUCAACUUUGAGUCCUCGCAGAUUCCUUUUGUGCUUGGCAAGACGGUAGCGAAUAGCUACUUGUGCUGCCCGCCGGAGCUGAUGGAAAUCUUGCACGAGGCCUCUCAGCUUUCAAACAGUGUACUUGGGGACGAGUCCAACGAAGCCGCCACCAUAGCUGCUCUGGAGCUCAUUAAUCGUGCUCAAGCUUACGAUAUUUAUGCAUGGGCUCGUGACACUGCCAGGGCUCUUGGUUUACCAAACGAUGUGAUGCAAAGCCGCAUGCACGCUGGGGCUAGUCAUCGUCUAGCUGCUUGCAUAUAUAUUCUGCAGGCUAUUCCCUCUGCCGGAGAGAGGCUUGGCCCGGAGUUUGCCGCCUUCCUCACGGACGACCUACUGGCGCACUUGAACAUGAUGCCUGUAGAAGACCCGAAUUUCAAGGCAACCACGUGGCCAACAUUCAUCAUAGGUGCGGAGACGAGGGAUCCAGUACGGCAGAAAUUUAUCAUGGAAAGAUUACGCAUAAUGACUACGGUAUGUCCGUGGGGUUUCAUCCAUACUGCCAUGGAAACGCUUCAGGUUAUCUGGAAUCUAGCUGCUGAAGAAAGAGGAUCCAAGAGUUGGGUGCAAACGCUGAAAGAUCCGGAAAUGAACUUCUUGAUCGUCUGA